AACUGCAAACUCAUCUUUUGAAGUCCGUCCCCAAAACUCUUUCCAUGAAUCUUUACUCUUUAUUAAAAUAUCUAGAACCAAGAUUAUCUUACUAGCUAAAAGAUAAAGAAGACACUGGACCCGGGAAAGACUCAUUGAACUGUUUUGCAUCAAAAGCAUCUCUAUUCCUUGGAAAAUUCACUACAUUUCAUUUUCGGGAAACUAAACAUAGCCGAUUCCGGCCACCGCGUGGAUGCAGAUUCUUUGCGGUCUCGUAAUUUACAAACUGUUCAAAAGAAUCUUCUACGGCGACGACGUUUUGGACAUCGAAACCUCCGAUUCUAAUGCCAUUUUCUCAGUUGCAUAUAGAUUAGAAAAGCUUUAUGGAGGUAAGGCACACGUGGGUCCCCGAAUUCCGGAUCCGGAUACGAGGGAGGCCGUGGUGGUUUCUGUGAAGAAUUUUUCAGGAUUUGUAUCAAUCAAUGGAGAUGGCAGCUGGGUUUGUGAAGGCCAGCAUGGGUACAGAUCACAGCAUUAUCCUGACCCUGUGGAGGAAGUUAAAAAACAAGCUUCAUUUCUUGAACAAAGGGGAGUUGCCCUGCCAGAAGGAUAUUUCUCAUACAAAGUGAUACUUCCUAAUCCAAAAUUUUACUCCAUUUAUUCAAGCAAUUUUCCACCUGAGGUUAUUACCUUUGAGCAGUGGACACUAUUGAAACCACAACAAAAAAAUAUGCUGUCUGGCUGGCUUAAGGGUGCUUUUAGUGGUGGAAAAAAAGAGAUGCAGGAAUCAAUUAAUCAGCAACUCAAUUUCAUUCUCAGCACAGCUCCAAUCGGGGACAGGCAAGAUCCUGUUUGGCAUUGAUACCAUGAGCAACAUCAGAAUCGAGAACAUUGAGGGUGCCCUUCACCUUUAAUUAAUUUUGUUCAUUGACUCUAAUUUAACUAUAUAUUUGUUGGUUUGAAUAGCCUUAGAAUUAGGUUUGACUUGAGUGAGACAUGUUGCAUCCCACCAAGUUUGUGGAAUAGAUAGUAUAAUGUUCUCAUAUGUUUGGUUAUUCUUUGAUUGAAUUUUUUUCCAUCAUAAAUUUGAUAUGUUUUGUAAUUUGUAGCCA